AUGCAGGCUGAGGAUGUCAAAGCAAGAAAAUUUGAGAGAGGACUGAGGCCCAGUAUUAGUACUUCCCUGUUACUGCAUAAGUACCCUACUUAUGCAAAGACAGUCCAAGCUGCCAAGAUAAUUGAGCAUCAGCAGAAGGAGAAUUAUAGAGCCAUUCAGGCCGGUAAGAGGCCCAUGACUUCCCAUGAUUCUCAGGGGUCAACCAAGUUUCAAAAGAAGGGAUUUAUCACUACUGCUUCCCCGAUUCAAUCCCGCAGACCUGAUGCGGCUCAAGCACCCAAGCCCGCAUUGAACCCUCAUUAUGGCACUCAAAUCCGUACGUGCUAUAAUUGCAAUGAGAUUGGGCAUAUGAUUAGGGAUUGCCCACGUCCUCGUCAAGGAGGUUCUGCACCAACUGUGUCUUCUAAGGCACCCCAAACUCGAGUAGCCAUUUGCUCUCUCCUUCCUUCCCUAGCCAACAAAACUCAAGGAUGCAUGGACUCUGUCACUAAUGAGGAAGUCCAGGCUGAUCCCAGUGUUAUUACAGGUAUGAUUUUUGUUUAUUCUCAACCUGCCUAUGUACUAUUUGACUCGGGGGUGUCGCAUUCUUUCGUAUCCCCUUUAUUUGCUAAGAAGAUGCCUAUCAGACCAAAGCCAAUGGCUCAAAACCUGAUAGUUAGUAUGCCAACGGGUAGCAAGGUUAAACUCAACAUGAUCUAUGAUACUUGUCCCAUACGUGUGUGUGACCACAGGCUAAAAGCAAGUUUGAUAGUUCUAAACAUGAAGGACUUCGAUGUAAUCUUGGGCAUGGAUUGGCUAUCCACUCAUGGGGCCUGUAUAAUCUGUGCAGAGAGGAAGGUCCUGUUCAAGCCAGCAGAAGGUGGAGAGUUUAUAUUCAAGGGAAUUAGAAGGGAGAAACCCAAGAAAGCCAUUAUCUCUGCUCUCCAAUUCCAGAAGUUAUUGGAUGAGGAAUGUCGGUGUUACUUGGCGUCUGUGAUGGACAUGGAAGCAAGAGUCAAGCCACUAGAGAUAGGUCUGGUGAGAGAUUUUUUGGAUGUCUUCCUGGAAGAUCUGACACGGUUACCACCAGAUCGUGAGAUGGAGUUCAUGAUAGAUUUGCUAAAGAUCAGGGACAGUGACAUUAGUAAGACAGCAUUUAGAUCUUGCUAUGGUCACUACGAGUUCUUGGUCAUGUCCUUCAGGUUGACCAAUGCCCCGGCAGCCUUCAUGGAGUUGACGAACCGGGUGUUCCAUGAUGUCCUAGAUAAGUAUCUCAUCAUCUUCAGUGAUGAAAUCUUCAUCUACUCUAAGAGUGAAGAAGAGCAUGCAGACCAUCUCCGCCUAGUAUUGCAGCGUUUGAGGGAGAAGCAAUUGUAUGCCAAGUUCAGUAAGUGUGAAUUUUGGCUGCAACAAGUAGCAUUUCUGGGACACCUUGUUUCUACCAAGGCUAUUGAAGUUACCCUGGCACAGUGA